CUGAUCCAUUUACCAGGUCAAUCCCGGGCGGGUUUAAUAAAAAAAAGCUCCGAACGAUUCCUUGGCCUGUCCAACAAACGCCCUCGGUGUUAGAGAAGAUUCACAAACAUAAUUAGGCUCUCGUUUCUGUGGAACCUCCGUAAUCAGCUUCUCAGCUGUUCAUUUAAGUUCAGGUUACCAGAAAAGUGAAAUGGCCGGCGGUAGGGUUGCUCAUGUGACCUUAAAAGGACCAAGUGUUGUCAAGGAGAUUUGUAUUGGGAUUGCACUUGGCUUGGCUGCUGGUAGUCUUUGGAAAAUGCAUCACUGGAACGAGCAGAGGAAAGUGAGAUCAUUUUAUGACUUGCUGGAAAAAGGUGAGAUCGGUGUUGUUGUGGAAGAAUAAAUCAUGUCCUAUGCCUCUGCCAUGGUGUUAUGGACAUCGUCAGAGUAUAUUUUGUUUUGUCAUUCUUUUUUGUUCCAAUUGUGUCUGAAUCUCAGGUUGCUGGUCCUUAGCCUUCUGACUUUGAAGAAUAAAUUUCUUGUCUAAGAUGUGCAGCACAUAAUUUUUCUACGUAAAUGUAUGAAGUUUAAUGUCUUCCACUCCA